CUGAAAUUCAACAUGAUUGGUUCUUGAAAGUGUGUCUGUUAGAGAGGAGGAGUUUGUUCAAGAGACAUAAAGGUAGAGAAACCCAGUCAAGCUUCAGACGAUCACUCUUCCUUCUACGUUAAGACAGUGAUGGAUUCUGCUGGUGUACUGGAACUUGCAGCACUUGGCCGACCCUUCACACUGGGAACACUGUACAACCACUACAAUGGCACAAUUGUUACUGACAUAUCACCAUGGGACAAAGAUGAUCUAACAAAACAUAUUCAGAUAAGACCACACAAACAUACUGAUUUGGACCUGGUUCUUUCUGAUUCUUUGGAGGAAAAAACGUCUGCACUAAGUCUUAAUUUAUCAAUAAAGGCAAGUAUCUUCUUUGGACUGUUUAAGUAUGAAGGAGCUGCGGCAUACCUUGAUGACAACAAAACUUCCAAACGUCAGGCCAGAGUAACAAUAACCUACAAGGCAACUACCCACGUCAAAGAGUUGUCAAUGUAUCAUCUUAGAAAUUUAAGAUACCCGACUGUUAUCGAUAAAGGCUCGGCAACCCAUGUUGUCACAGGCAUUCUUUAUGGAGCCCAAGCCUUCUUCGUGUUCGCCCGGGACGUUUCUGAAGGUGAAAACCAUCAAGAGGUUCAUGGAAACAUGACAAUGGUAGUCAAUAAAAUGUCUCAGAUGGCUGAGGAGAUGAAAGGGGAUGUAAAGACGGAUCCCAAAGUCCAAAAGGAGGAAAAUUACAAAUGUACAUUCCACGGAGACGUGUGCCCAGAUAAAAAACCUACCAACUUUCAGGAGGCCAUAGACACCUAUAAAUCUCUCCCAGAACUACUUAGAGAUGGAGAAAAGGCUGUACCAAUAAAAGUCUUCAUGUUGCCACUCACGAGCUUUAGUAGCAAAGCUUCUCAACUGGUCACUCAGAUUAGUGCAGGGUUAGUUCAGGAAGUACAAAGAGUCCUGGAGGACUUCACUGAGCUUGAAAUGAGGUGCAAUGACACCUUAAAAACAGCAACUCUACAACCAUUUUCACAAUUAGGAGAAAAGCUCAAUCGUUUUAAAGGUUUGUGCGCUGAGUUAAAGCUGGAAUUCCAACAAACUUUGGCAGAGAAGCUCCCAUUAAUCAGAGGAGGAGUAGUAGAGGAGGCUGAACUGACAAAGGUCCUGGAGGAGACACAUUCCUCUCUUUGCAACAGUAAAACUCUGAACCAGUGGAUCGACCAGAAAGAGAAAGAAAUCUACACCUUAAUGUUGUUCAAAGAGAAGAUGAAAAACACAAUCUUCAUCCAGUCUGAAACUCAGCUCUACAAGGAAGUUAUGAGUAAAGAUCAGGCUCAGAUUCUGUGCUUUGUCUUCACAUCUCUGGGAAGAGAUGAACCAUUUCUUUCAGCUUUAUCAGCCUACCUGAAAGGAACCAGACAAGAUAAUAAAGGUGCAGGCUUUGAAGAAAAGAAAGAAAGGAAACACCCGAGUGCCUCAGAAAUUGUAGCACAAGAAACUAUAGAAAAAGUCAAACUCUUCAUUGAUUUUGCAGAGGGCAACAAAGAGAACCAGAAGACAAAGUUUCUGGCAGUCGGGUUAACAGAUGAUAACCAUAAAGGCUCAACCAUCUACCUUUAUGAAAACGGCUUCCUUGUCAAUACAAACUAUGAGCUUCCUUCAAAGCCUGAAACUGUGACAGCUGAUGACAUCAACCACAACAGUGUGACUCUGAAGGUUUCUCCUCCCAGGUUUGGAGCAGAGAGCGUCAUCUCCUACUCUGUGGAGGUCCGUGAGAAUACAGCAGAUAAAUGGAAUGAGAAGAUUGAACCGAACGCUGAGAAAGUCACAGUUAGAGACCUGAAGCCAAACACAGAGUAUGUGUUCAGAUGCAGAGGAGUGACUUCAGUAGGUUAUGGACCAGCCAGUGACCCCAGUAAUCCCAUCAAAACAUUACCGUUCCCAUCAAAACAUUACCAUGAUGAUUUGUGGUGGGUAUGGUCAUCAACAUGA